ACACUCCCUUUUGUUUCCCGCUAGGUAACUGAGCACCGAUCACCAGCCGAGCUUGCGUGCCUUUCCCUUUUUCUUUUAUGUAAAAUUCUCUCUCUCCAUAUAUUACUACUACUAUUUUCUUCCAUUCAUGUUACUCAUCUCUUAUCGCAAUUGCAAAACAAAUCAAUUUGAGAUUCCUUGGUUGAGUGGGUCACUGCUGGGUAUUGCAAACAACUGCCGGUGAAAAAACUGACAUAUAUGACGGCCCAAUUUGGGGAUAUCUGUUUAGCUGGAUUGAACUGUUGUAAUCAUUGUGUUAGCCUCUAAUUUCUAAGUACUGGAACUGAUUACUACUUGGAUCCCUGUUGCGGAUGGUGCCUUCAAGGGUGGCUGGAGGAACAGCACAAUCUUCUUCAAGCUCGGGAAUUUUCUUUCAAGAGGAUGGACAAGGCCAGGUUCCGGGAAAUUCCCAGUUCAGUUCAAAUUUUAGGAACUCGUCAACUUCAUUACCUGGACAUGCACAGGCUCAAACAGGUCCCUUUUCUGGGGAUGUCAGCAAUACAGUCUUAAAUAGUUUGGCAAGCUCUGGCCCCAGUGUUGGGGCAAGUUCUUUGGUUACUGAUGCGAACUCAGGACUUUCAGGAGGCCCCCACCUUCAAAGAAGUGCUAGUGUUAAUACAGAAUCAUACAUGCGCUUGCCUGCCUCGCCUAUGUCAUUCUCAUCUAAUAAUAUUAGCAUUUCAGGCUCUUCUGUCAUGGAUGGAUCCUCAGUUGUACAGCAAAGCUCCAAUCAAGAUCCUGGUUCACAGCACACCCAGCAGAAUCAGCAGCAUCAUGGAGUUUCCAGUGCCACGUCUUUGCCACGCAUGGGGCAAGUUCAAUUUCAUGGGGGUGCAAGAGUGCACAAUUCUUUAGCCCAGGACCAAACUACAAUGUCUCAGCUACAGAAAAAACCCCGUUUGGAUAUCAAGCAGGAGGAUGUUGUACAACAGCAGGUUUUGCAACAGCUAUUGCAGAGACAAGAUUCCAUGCAUUUACAGAACUCUAAUCCUCAAUUGCAAGCUUUGAUCCAGCAACAGAGACUAAGGCAGCAAGAGCAACAGAUUCUCCAGGCUAUGCCGCCACUGCAGCGGGUUCAGCUAUUACAGCAACAGCAGCAGUUGCAAUUAAGACAGCAGCUUCAAAUGCAAGGAAUGCCAUCUGCAAUUGCAGUUAAACGGCCUUACGAUGGUGGUGUAUGCUCGCGUCGUUUAAUGCAAUAUUUGUAUCACCAGAGACAACGUCCUGCAGACAAUACUAUUGCCUAUUGGAGAAAAUUUGUGGCUGAGUAUUACUCUCCACGUGCGAAGAAGAGAUGGUGCCUAUCCCUGUAUAAUAAUGUUGGGCACCAUUCACUCGGGGUGUUUCCUCAGGCGGCAAUGGAUGCAUGGCAGUGUGACAUUUGUGGCUCAAAAUCUGGAAGGGGGUUUGAGGCAACUUUUGAAGUGCUCCCUAGACUCAAUGAGAUCAAAUUUGCCAGUGGUGUAAUCGACGAGCUUCUGUUUCUGGACUUGCCUCGUGAGAGUAGAUUCCCUUCAGGAAUAAUGAUGCUGGAGUAUGCGAAGGCAGUUCAAGAAAGUGUAUACGAGCAACUUCGCGUGGUUCGUGAGGGUCAUCUUCGCAUCUUUUUCACUCCUGAUUUGAAGAUUCUGUCUUGGGAGUUUUGUGCCCGGCAUCAUGAAGAACUUCUUCCUCGUCGAUUUGUUGCGCCCCAGGUUAAUCAAUUGCUACAAGUCGCCCAGAAAUGUCAGAGCACGAUAUCUGAGAGUGGUGCUGACGGUGUUUCUCAGCCAGAUUUACAGGCAAACAGUGCCAUGGUCUUAACAGCUGGACGCCAACUUGCUAGGAGUUUGGAGUUACAGUCACUAAAUGAUCUCGGCUUCUCCAAGAGAUAUGUCCGGUGCCUACAGAUAGCUGAUGUUGUUAAUAGCAUGAAAGAUUUGAUGGAUUUCUGCAGAGAUCAAAAGAAAGGUCCUAUAGAGGGCUUGAACAGUUUUCCCAGAUGUUCUGCUGUGCCCCGGGUCCAGAUGCAAGAAACGGAUCAGAUGGGAGGACUUCAGGGCCUUCCAACUGAUCGCAACGCACUCAACAAGCUCAUGGCUUUGCAUCCUGGGCUCAAUAGCCAACAUGCAGGGAGUCGAGGAGGAGGUUUGACUGGAUCAGCACAUAGUGGUUUUGCAAUGAAUAACUACCAAAAUUUUCUGAUGAGACAGAACUCAAUGAACUCAAAUAACAGCGUAAAUCAGCAUGAUGGAUCUUCUCCUUUCAAUACUUGCAGCCAGCCUCUGCCCACAACUCCAGGGUCUUCAGGUGCUUUGCCAGGAAUGUUUCAGAAUCCGCAGAUGAGCAGCUUUUCUGGUAGCCAAGCACCACAGCAACAGCAAAAUGGCCUAAUAAAGCAAAGUCAACCUCUGCUCUCACAAAACAACCAAACAUUACAACAUCAGAUGAUUCAGCAGUUUCUACAUGACAUGAGCAAAAAGAAUAAUGGGGGAGCAGUCAUGCAGCAGACAUACUCCAUUCAAAAUCCAGGCAAUUGUAUAUCUGCAGGUGGGCUUGGCAAUGGCAUCAGAAAUUCUCCACCAACAUCCGCAGCUGGGAAUGCUCAAGCGCAGCCACCAAGCAGAAGCAAUAGUUUUAAAGCUGCUUCGUUCAAGACUGAAUCUCCGGCAUCUGUUGGUCAUAUGGGAUAUGGCCAGAAAUCAUCAUAUUAUCCGGAGACCCUUCAUACUUCUGAUGAGAUGGUUCCGGACAUUGCCCACCAAUUCAUCGAAAAUGGGUUCUUUAACAAUGAUCUCGAUGAAAGCAUGAACUUCAGCUGGAAGGGGUAACUAAUUUGUGUUAAUUUCAUAUAUAUUUACAUUCUGAGAGAGUGAAACAUUAAGAAUGUGUUUGUAUAGGCUGGUUUUACUUAGGUUGUGUCGUUCCUUUUCGUUUUUACUUUUUUGUUUUGAAUGUUCCUCAAUCCGAGGUGUUUAUUUAGCUUAUGAUUUUCUGACAACGCCUCUGGCACCGUUGAUACCAAUCGGUAUCAUUUUAAUGUUGGUUUAAGAAUCUCCACCUGCGUCUGCAUCUGCGUGGAGAGAGGAAUUA